AUGUCAAUUUUUCGUCAUAUUAUUCAAAAUUGUUUUCAGAAUCUUCGUUAUUUUGGAACACCUGAAUUAAAUUUUUGUAGACACAAAUCUUUUUGGUGUAAUAAUCGAGGAAAGGAGACACCCAAAUUUUUUGAUGGUUUUGAACUUGAAAAAUUAUUUGUUGAUGAAAAUGUUCAAAAAUUGUUAAAAUCACUUUGUGGGUUUGAUUUAAAUAGAUUAUAUAGCUGGAGGCUUAUAAAUAGUCCAAGCCGUAGACAUUAUGCUUUAAUGACUGAUAAUAUGUAUAAAGAGUUUCUCUCCAAAAUGGCCUCUAAAGCUCAAUAUUUUUUACAAUUUGUACCUUUAAAAGAACCAAGGCCUAAUAAGGCUGAAACUUUGUCGGUAGAUUCAGAUAUUGCUGGUCAUGAUCCUAGCAAAAUAAUUUUUGUUGAUAUUUCCCACGACUCUACUGAAAGGGAUCGUGCAAUUGUGGUUCGAGAGCCGAAUGGCAGACUUCGUACUGCAUUACCAGAAGAGCAUUUUCGGAUGAACAGAAUAUUUUUUGAUAAACCUGACAGACCUGUUAGAGAACCCCCUCUUUUUCAUUUGCAUUCGGACAGUGAUGGACAAAUUGUUUGUGGCGACAUUCUUUUGCAAACAUUGGCUAGAGACGAACAUGAAUUUGUUUUGGAUUGGGCCUGUCAGUUUUAUGAACCUGAUGAUCACAAAUUUGUUGAGUUGUGUAAAUGUAUUUUUGAAAAUACAAUUAAAGAACAAAAAUUAUCUGUUUUACAUUCUACUCGACAUUUUGGAACACUUGCUUUUUAUAUGCUAAUAAAUAAUUAUUAUUUUGAAUUAAUUGAAUUUUUUGCACAAAAUCAAAAUAUUUCUGGGGUUGCAAAUACAAUUCGUUUAUUGAGAAUAGUUUAUCCAAAUUGGACAACAACAAUUCCUUCAAAUUUUUCUGAUUUGGAUGUUUUAAAAGAAUAUUUAAAUCAAAUAGAGCAACAAAUAAAUGAUAAUAAAGAGUUAAAACAACAUUCUUCUUCUAAUAUUCAUUUAAAAGGUGAUGAAUAUGAAAAAACAAAAAUUUUGAUUUCUUUGCUAAAUAACCUUUUGAAAAGUGGAGAAAAGAAAAGAAGGCAAACAGCAGUUUAG